CGCCCCUCGCCCCGCCUCCAAGAUGGCGGCCGCGAAGCCUGCCCAGCUGUCAGGCUGGCGGUGACGACGGGCAGCCGUGGGCCAGCCCCAGGAUCGCAGCUGCCGGCCUGGAUGGAGGCUUUCUCCGUCCUCUGUGGCAUUUCCAAUUUUAGAUAAUGCCUCACGCGGCUGCUCCCCCCAGACCCCCUGGAGGCCCCAUGGUCUGGAGGACGGCUUGAACCUAGGCCGCACAGCCCAGGAUGCUGCGGAGGCUGCUGGAGCGGCCCUGCACGCUGGCCCUGCUUGUGGGCUCCCAGCUGGCCGUCAUGAUGUACCUGUCCCUGGGGGGCUUCCGAAGCCUCAGUGCCCUAUUUGGCCGAGAGCAGGGGCCCACAUUUGACUAUUCUCACCCCCAUGAUGUCUACAGCAACCUCAGUCACCUGUCUGGGGCCCCCGCUGUUGCGCCAGGUGGCCCUCUAGCUCCUCAAGGUCUGCCCUACUGUCCAGAACGAUCUCCUCUCUUAGUGGGUCCCGUGUCCGUGUCCUUCAGCCCAGUGCCAUCGCUGGCAGAGAUCGUGGAGAGGAAUCCACGUGUGGAAGCUGGGGGCCGGUACCGCCCUGCAGGGUGUGAGCCUCGCUCCCGAACAGCCAUCAUUGUGCCGCACCGAGCCCGGGAGCAUCACCUGCGCCUGCUGCUCUACCACCUGCACCCCUUCCUGCAGCGCCAGCAGCUUGCUUAUGGCAUCUAUGUCAUCCACCAGGCUGGAAAUGGGACAUUUAACAGGGCAAAGCUGCUGAACGUGGGUGUGCGGGAGGCCCUGCGUGACGAAGAGUGGGACUGCCUGUUCCUGCACGAUGUGGACCUCCUGCCAGAGAAUGACCACAAUCUGUACGUGUGUGACCCCCGGGGGCCCCGGCACGUUGCUGUCGCCAUGAACAAGUUUGGAUACAGCCUCCCAUACCCCCAGUACUUCGGAGGGGUCUCGGCGCUCACUCCUGACCAGUACCUGAAGAUGAAUGGCUUUCCCAAUGAGUACUGGGGCUGGGGCGGUGAGGAUGACGACAUCGCCACCAGGGUGCGGCUGGCCGGCAUGAAGAUCUCUCGCCCCCCCACCUCUGUGGGGCACUACAAGAUGGUGAAACACCGCGGAGACAAGGGCAAUGAGGAGAACCCCCACAGGUUUGACCUUCUGGUCCGUACACAAAAUUCCUGGACACAAGAUGGGAUGAACUCACUCACAUACCGACUACUGGCUCGAGAGCUGGGUCCUCUCUAUACCAACAUCACAGCAGACAUUGGAACUGAUCCUCGGGGUCCCCGGAUUCCGUCUGGUCCCCGUUACCCACCUGGCUCCUCCCAGGCCUUCCGUCAAGAGAUGCUGCAGCGCCGGCCCCCAGCCAGGCCUGGGCCUCUGCCUGCUGCCAACCACACAGCCCCCCGGGGCUCACACUGACUCUUCCUGUCUGCACUGGUCACGAAACCGGAUCAAAGGGGUUAGACCCCCCCCCCUCGCUCCUCACUGCUCUUCGAGGAAUGUGGGGGACCGAUUAGUGCUGCGCUGCAGGCAGGGGCCUCUCCUCACUGCUGGACUGAAGCCGGGCUCCUCUAGACCUGGGGGUUCCUCUUUCAAGGGGCGCCUGCCAGGUCUUACAACUGUGAAUCCUUGAGGUCAUGAUUUUAUGUGAUGACUCCUGGCAGUCCCCUGCCCCUGGAGUAGGAACAGGGCUGGGCCCCAAGUCCCUCCUUUUCCUCGGAGAGAAGAGAGAGCUGGCUUCUCCCGGGACUUCUGUGAAUAUUUAUUCUAUUUAUAGUUCCCAGGAUGUGCAUUGGUGAAGUAAGCCACUCCCUGGGGACCUUCCACCCAUGCUGGAGUAGCUGCCUCUUCUGGACCUGGCUCAGGGGCUGGGGUUUUGAUAUAUUUUCUAAUAAAGGACUCACUGCCUCUC